CCUCAGUUGUCACUCAUACACUGGUAGAAAGCAGCAGCCAGGCUGGCGAUCAGGGCUCGUUCACUUCAAGGCUAGUUUCUACAAAUUCUUAAGAUUCCCUGGUCUAGAACUGUACAAGAUCUUCUGGUUCGGUCCAGUGUUUAAAAGAGGCUGAGGCAGACCUUGGGGAGCGGGAUUCUGUGUGUGAGUUGCCAACAGAAUUUGUAGAAACUGUUAGACCAAGGCCUCAAGGGUCUUCACCAGUAUAUGAUUAUUCAUUAAUAGAGGAAUACAAAGGCAAAGAGGUGCUGGAGGAGAUACCACAUGAGGCAUUUGGUGACAUCACAGACCACAAAAAAGAUUUAGAAAUUUUGUCAAAGAAGCAAUUAUCUGCAAACAUGAGUCACAAAGUGGAAGGAAAGGAAAAGGAUGUUGUAGAAGUGCUUGUGAACACAGAGGCUGAAGUAGGUGCAACUGGUUUCAGUGUUAAGAGUGGAGAAAAGGAGGGCAUAUUUAUCAAACAUGUUCUGAAGGAGUCUCCUGCUGCAAAACGUCUAAGCAUGAGAGAAGGUGAUCAACUUAUCAGUGCUACAAUUUAUUUUGAUAAUGUCAAGUAUGAAGAUGCACUCAAGAUUUUGCAGUACUCAGAACCAUACAAAGUGAAAUAUUGCCUGAAACGAACAAUACCUAAUGCAAUAGGAUCUGAGGCAGUUGAAGUAAAAGGAAGCAAACCUAUUGCGGGAACAGAAGAAGAUUUAUUUACAAAACUUUAUGGAAAGAAAACAAAAGUAGCAAGAGAUGCUUCUGAAGAAAUGCGCAGACAAACAGAAACAAAAAUGCAAGAAACUACUCAAAAGGGGAAAACAAAGGUGGCUGAAGUACCUGAUGUAACUUUUUCCUGCCCCAAGUUUCCAGCUUUCAAAAAAACAAAGUCAUACAGCCUGGGCAGAUCUCACAGCUUAUCAGAAACAGAAGAACGUGAUCAACAUGACAUAACUGCAACAAGCACAGAUAUAGAAUCCCAUUUGAAAACAGCAGAAAUGCCCCAAAAAGUGAAAAAACGGAGAAGAAAAAUAAAACUUCCACAUAUUGGUGCAAGAGGAAUAAAAAUGGGGAAGACAGAAGCCUCUGAGGAGGAAAAAGAAACACCUUCUACAGGUACUAAUGAAUCAUCUACUUCGAAAUAUGAAACACUCCAACCAAAUGCAGAAAGUACACCACAAAACUCAAAUGAGACCACAAUAACAACUACAAAACAAUCUGAUCCAAAGCUGGAGAACCAAAGCCAUGAAAUGGAUUCGGAUAAUAUUAAUACUGAAUCCAAACUCAAAAUGCCAAAACUCAAAAUAGCAAAAUUUGUGAUUUCAGAACCAAUUCUGCCCACAAUUGAUAUUGAGACAAAAUUGCCAGAGGCAAGUACAUGUUUGCAAACAUCGGAUGCAAAUAUGGAGCAACAAAAAAUUGAAAUUGAGUAUUCAAAAAGAGACAGUGAUGCCAAAUCAGCUAUUCCGAUUGCAGCUGCAGAAAUUAAAUUAAAAACAGAUAUUGGAAUGUCAAAAGUUAAGUCACAAGUGGGUAGGAAACAGGGAGAAACAACUGGCCAGCCAACACAACAGUAUACCUCACAAAAAGAACUUGGUACCACAGAUAUAAAAUCUGAUGCUUCAUUGCCGUUACAUGAGAAGCAAGAAGCAAGUAUCAGCGAGCAAAUUGCUGAGAUUCAGCUUCCAAAAUCUGAAAUGCGAACUAAGAAAUCCAAGACUGAUAAGCAGGAAAAAACAAAAAAGCCCAAAAAGAAAGAAGCCAAAGAUAAAAUGACUGGAACACAGUCAAAGCCUUCAACACUUGCAAUUGAUGUCAGCUUAAUGAAAGUUCACACCACAGUUUCAAACACUGACACAGAUGUGAAACAACCAGCAGUAAAAAUGAUUCCAGGCAAUUUGAAGGGCGAUCUCAUAUCUGGGAUUACUGAGCUAGAAGACCAUGAUUCAAGUAUGGAUGUCAGCAUGAAGGAGCCACACAGUGAUAUUUCAGACAACAAACAUCAAACUGAUAUGAGGGACAGAAACUGGGAGUUAGUUACAGUGGAAGCUGAGGCAGGUGAGAAGAUUCCGAGCAUGCAUGUUACAGAAGGAGGAAACAUGAAAAAGUUCAAAAUAAAAGGACCGAAAUUUGGGCUUUCAGCGGCUGACAUCAAAGGGCCCAACAUUGAUGUCAAUCUCCCCAAAGAUGACAUCUCACUCCCAAAAAUGGAUGUGGAAGUGACAGUGCCAGGGGUAGAUGUAAAAUCAGGCAAGAUGGAAGGUGAUCUCAGUGUUGGAGACAUUGAACUCAAAGGACCAGAUGUCAGUCUGAAAAUGCCUGAGGUGAAAAAGCCAUCAAUUAAUGUUGAUGUUCCAAAAGCGAAAGGGAAGUUUGAUGAAGAUACAUCCACGUCUAAGUUGGAACUUGACAUUUCAACACCAGGACUGUCAGUAGACGUUAAACCCCAAACAACUGACACCCAUGUGCCAAGAGUAGAUGCAGAUGUUGCAGCACCAGAUCUGGACGCGAAAGGUGAUGGUGGGAGGAUCAAAAUGCCAUCCAUGAAAAUGCCAUCAUUUGGUGUUUCAAUUCCAAAAUUAAAAGGUGCAGAAGUGGACGUGAAUGUGAAGAAGUCAGAAGUCAAUCUUUCACUAGAAAAACCGGAGCUAGAUAUUCAAGGGCCGAAAAUUGAAAUAGGAGCUCCAGAAUAUGAAAUUGAUGUACAGGCACCAACUGUAGAAGUUGAAGGAAAAGGAGGGAAAAUAAAAUUGCCCAAGUUUCAAGGACUGAAGUUUGGGUUAUCGGCACGUGACAUCAAAGCACCCAAAAUUGAUAUCAACCUCCCCUCAGUUGACAUCUCACUACCAAAAUCGGAUGUGGAUGCGACAUUGCCAGGUGUAGAUGUAAAACCAGGCAAGAUGGAAGGUGAUCUCAGUGUUGGAGACAUUGAACUCAAAGGAACUGAUGUCAGUCUGAAAAUGCCUGAGGUGAAAAAGCCAUCAAUUGAAAUUAGUCUCCCAAAAGUAAAAGGGAAGCUUGAUGUUGAUGCAUCCAUGUCUAAACCGGAACUUGACAUUUCAACUCCUGGGCUGACAUUUGACAUUAAAGCCCCAACAACUGACAUCCAUCCACCAGCUCUAGACGGAGAUGUUGCAGCACCAGAUCUGAAGGUGAAAGGUGAUGGUGGGAGGUUCAAAAUGCCAUCGAUGAAAAUACCAUCGUUUGGUGUUUCACUUCCAAAAUUCAAAGGUUCAGACGUGGAUGUGAGUGUGAAGAAGCCAGAUGUCGAUAUUUCAGUUGACAAGCCUGAGAUAGAUAUUCAAGGUCCGUCAAUUGAUGUCGGAAGUCCAGAAUGUGAAGUUGAUAUGGACAUACCUGAUGUAGACCUUGAGGGAAAAGGAGGGAAAAUAAAAUUGCCCAAAUUUAAAGGACCGAAGUUUGGAUUUACUGCACCUGAAAUCAAAGGGCCCAAAAUUGAUGUCAGCAUCCCCACGGUUGACAUCUCACUACCAAAAUCGGAUGUGGAUGUGAAAAUGCCAGGUGUAGAUGUAAAACCAGUCAAGAUGGAAGGUGGUGUCAGUGUUGGAGACAUUGAACUCAAAGGACCUGAUGUCAGUCUGAAAAUGCCUGAAUUGAAAAAGCCAUCAAUUGAUAUUGGCUUUCCAGCAGUGAAAGGAAUGUCUGAUGUUGAUGCAUCCAUAUCUAAACCUGAGCAUGACAUGUCAGCUCCUGGACUGUCAGUGGACAUUAAAGCCCCAACGACUGACAUCCAUCCACCAACUGUAGAUGUAGAUGUUGCAGCACCAGAUCCGAAGGUGAAGGGCGAUGGUGGGAGGUUCAAAAUGCCGUCAAUGAAAAUGCCAUCGUUCGGUGUUUCACUUCCAAAAUUCAAAGGCCCAGAAGUGGAUGUGAGUGUGAAGAAACCGGAUGUCGAUAUUUCAUUUGAGAAACCUGAGGUCAACAUUCAAGGGCAAAAAAUUGAAAUAGGAGCACCAGAAUGUGAAGUUGAUGUGGAGGCACCUGAUAUAGAACUCAAGGGAAAAGGAGAGAAGGUAAAAUUGCCUAAACUUAAAGGACCGAAAUUUGGAUUCACUGCACCUGACAUCAAAGGGCCCAAAUUUGAUGUCAACCUCCCCACAGUUGACAUCUCACUACCAAAAUCGGAUGUGGAUGUGACAGUGCCAGGUGUUGAUGUAACACCUGGUAAGUUGGAAGGUGAUGUCAGUGUUGGAGACAUUGAACUCAAAGGACCUGAUGUCAGUCUGAAAAUGCCUGCGGUGAAAAAGCCAUCGAUUGAUAUUGGUUUUCCAAAAGUGAAAGGGAAGACUGAUGUUGAUGCAUCCAUGUCUAAACUGGAACUUGACAUUUCAGCUCCUGGGCUGUCAGUUGAUAUUAAACCCCCAACGAAUGGCAUAUAUCCACCAACUGUAGAUGUAGAUGUUGCAGCACCAGAUCUGAAGGUGAAAGGUGAUGGUGGGAGGUUCAAAAUGCCAUCCAUGAAAAUACCAUCGUUUGGUGUAUCACUUCCAAAAUUCAAAGGUUCAGACGUGGAUGUGAGUGUGAAGAAACCAGAUAUCGAUAUUUCAGUUGAAAAGCCUGAGAUAGAUAUUCAAGGUCCGUCAAUUGAUGUCGGAGGUCCAGAAUGUGAAGUUGAUAUGGACAUACCUGAUGUAGAUCUCGAGGGAAAAGGAGGGAAAAUAAAAUUGCCCAAAUUUAAAGGACCGAAGUUCGGAUUUACUGCACCUGAAAUCAAAGGGCCAAAAAUUGAUGUCAGCACCCCCAAGGUUGACAUCUCGCUAGCAAAAUCGGAUGUGGAUGUGACAGUGCCAGGUGUUGAUGUAACCCCAGGCAAGAUGGAAGGUGAUGUCAGUGUUGGAGACAUUGAACUCAAAGGACCUGUUGCCAGUCUGAAAAUGCCUGAGGGGAAAAAGCCAACAAUUGAUAUUGGUUUUCCCACAGUGAAAGGAGUGUCUGAUGUUGAUGCAUCCAUGUCUAAACCUGAGCUGGUCAUGUCAGUUCCUGGAAUGUCAGUGAACAUUAAAGCCCCAAUGACUGACAUCCAUCCACUGGCUCUAGACGGAGAUGUUGCAGCACCAGAUCUGAAGGUGAAAGGCGAUGGUGGGAGGUUUAAAAUGCCGUCAAUGAAAAUGCCAUCAUUUGGUGAUUCACUACCAAAAUUCAAAGGCCCGGAAGUGGAUAUGAGUGUGAAGAAACCAGAUGUCGAUACUUCAGUUGAGAAACCUGAGGUCAACAUUCAAGGGCAAAAAAUUGAAAUAGGAGCAUCAGAGUGUGAAGUUGAUCUGGAGGUACUUGAUGGAGAACUCAAGGGAAAAGGAGAGAAAACAAAAUUGCCCAAACGUAAAGGACCGAAAUUUGGAUUCACUGCACCUGACAUCAAAGGGCCCAAAAUUGAUGUCAACCUCCCCACAGUUGACAUCUCACUACCAAAAUCGGAUGUGGAUGUGAGAGUGCCAGGUGUUGAUCUAACACCAGGCAAGUUGGCAGGUGAUGUCAGUGUUGGAGACAUUGAACUCAAAGGACCCGAUGUCAGUCUGAAAAUGCCUGAGGUGAAAAUGCCAUCGAUUGAUAUUGGUUUUCCAAAAGUGAAAGGGAAGAUUGAUGUUGAUGCAUCCAUGUCUAAACUGGAACUUGACAUUUCAGCUCCUGGUCUGUCAGUGGACAUUAAGGCCCCAACGACUGACAUCCAUCCACCAACUGUAGAUGUAGAUGUUCCAGCACCAGAUCUGAAGGUGAAAGGUGAUGGUGGGAGGUUCAAAAUGCCAUCGAUGAAAAUACCAUCGUUUGGUGUUUCACUUCCAAAAUUCAAAGGUUCAGACAUGGAUGUGAGUGCGAAGAAACCAGAUGUCGAUAUUUCAGUUGAAAAGCCUGAGAUAGAUAUUCAAGGUCCGUCAAUUGAUGUUGGAGGUCCAGAAUGUGAAGUUGAUAUGGAUAUACCUGAUGUAGAUCUCAAGGGAAAAGGAGGGAAAAUAAAAUUGCCCAAAUUUAAAGGAUCGAAGUUUGGAUUUACUGCACCUGAAAUCAAAGAGCCAAAAAUUGAUGUCAGCAUCCCCACGGUUGACAUCUCACUAGCAAAAUCGGAUGUGGAUGUGAAAGUGCCAGGUAUAGAUGUAAAACCAGUCAAGAUGGAAGGUGAUGUCAGUGUUGGAGAUAUUGAACUCAAAGGACCUGAUGUCAGUCUGAAAAUGCCUGAGGUGAAAAAGCCAUCGAUUGAUAUUGGUUUUCCAGCAGUGAAAGAAAUGUCUGAUGUUGAUGCAACCAUGUCUAAACCUGAGCUUGACAUGUCAGCUCCUGGGCUGUCAGUGGACAUUAAAGCCCCAACGACUGACAUCCAUCCACCAACUGUAGAUGUAGAUGUUGCAGCAUCAGAUCUGAAAGUGAAAGGCGAUGGUGGGAGGUUCAAAAUGCCAUCGAUGAAAAUGCCAUCGUUUGGUGUUUCACUUCCAAAAUUCAAAGGCCCAGAAGUGGAUGUGAGUGUGAAGAAACCAGAUGCCGAUAUUUCACUUGAGAAACCUGAGGUCAACAUUCAAGGGCAAAAACUUGAAAUAGGUGCACCAGAAUGUGACGUUGAUGUGGAGGCACCUGAUAUAGAACUCAAGGGAAAAGGAGGGAAAAUAAAAUUGCCUAAACUUAAAGGACCGAAAUUUGGAUUCAUUGCACCUGACAUCAAAGGGCCCAAAAUUGAUGUCAACCUCCCCACAGUUGACAUCUCACUACCAAAAUCGGAUGUGGAUGUGACAGUGCCAGGUGUAGAUAUAAAACCAGUCAAGAUGGAAGGUGAUGUCAGUGUUGGAGACAUUGAACUCAAAGGACCUGAUGUCAGUCUGAAAAUGCCUGAGAUGAAAAUGCCAUCAAUUGAUAUUGGUUUUCCAAAAGUUAAAGGGAAGAUUGAUGUCGAUGCAUCCAUGUCUAAACCCGAAUUUGACGUUACAACUCAUGCGCUGUCAGUGGACUUUGAAGCCCCAACGACUGACAUCCAUCCACCAACUGUAGAUGUAGAUGUUGCAGCACCAGAUCUGAAAGUGAAAGGCGAUGGUGGGGGGUUCCCACUGCCAUCGGUGAAAAUGCCAUCGUUCGGUGUUUCACUUCCAAAGUUCAAAGGUCCAGAAGUGGAUGUCAGUGUGAAGAAACCAGAUGUCGAUAUUACACUUGAAAUACCUGACGUGGUUAUUCAACGUCCGAAAAUGGAAAUAGGAGCACCAGAAUGUGAAUUUGAUGUGGAGGCACCUGAUAUAGAACUCAAGGGAAAUGGAGGGAAAAUUAAAUUGCCCAAAUUUAAAGGACCAAAAUUUGGAUUCACUGCACCUGACAUCAAAGGGCCCAAAAUUGAUGUCAACCUCCCCACAGUUGACAUCUCACUACCAAAAUCAGAUGUGGAUGUGACAGUGCCAGGUGUUGAUGUAACACCUGGCAAGUUGGAAGGUGAUGUCAGUGUUGGAGACAUUGAAUUCAAAGGAGCCGAUGUCAGUCUGAAAAUGCCUGAGGUGAAAAAACCAUCAAUUGAUAUUGUCUUUCCAAAAGUGAAAGGGAAGAUUGAUGUUGAUGCAUCCAUGUCUAAACCUGAACUUGGCAUUUCAACUCCUGGCCUGUCAGUGGACAUUAAAGCCCCAACGACUGACAUCCAUCCACCAACUGUAGAUGUGGAAGUUGCAGCACCAGAUCUGAAAGUGAAAGGCGAUGGUGGGGGUUUCAAAAUGCCAUCAAUGAAAAUGCCAUCAUUUGGUGUUCAACUUCCAAAAUUUAAAGGUCCAGAAGUGGAUGUGAGUGUGAAGAAACCAGAUGUCGAUAGAUCGCUUGAAAAAACGGACUUAGGCAUUCAAGGGCCGAAAAUGGAAAUAGGAGCACCAGAAUGUGAGGUUGAUGUGGAGGUACCUGAUGUAGAUUUCGAGGGAAAAGGAGGGGAAAUAAAAUUGCCCAAAUUUAAAGGACCGAAAUUUGGAUUCACUGCACCAGAAAUCAAAGGGCCCAAAAUUGAUGUUAAUGUCCCCACAGUUGACAUCUCACUACCAAAAUCAGAUGUGAAUGUGAAAGUACCAGGUGUGGGUGUAAAAGCAGUUAAGAUGGAAGGUGAUGUCAGUGUUGCUGACAUUGAUCUCCAAGGACCUGAUAUCAGCCUGAAAAUGCCUGAGGUGAAAAAGCCAUCGAUUGAUAUUGGUUUUCCAAAAGUGAAAGGGAAGAUUGAUGUUGAUGCAUCCAUGUCUAAACCUGAACUUGACAAUUCAACUCCUGGGCUGUCAGUGGACAUUAAAGCCCCAACGACUGACAUUCAUCCACUAACUGUAGAUGUAGAUGCUGCAGCACCAGAUCUGAAGGUGAAAGGUGAUGGUGGGAGGUUCAAAAUGCCAUCGAUGAAAAUACCAUCGUUUGGUGUUUCACUUCCAAAAUUCAAAGGUUCAGACGUGGAUGUGAGUGUGAAGAAACCAGAUGUCGAUAUUUCAGUUGACAAGCCUGAGAUAGAUAUUCAAGGUCCGUCAAUUGAUGUCGGAGGUCCAGAAUGUGAAGUUGAUAUGGACAUACCUGAUGUAGAUCUUAAGGGAAAAGGAGGGAAAAUAAAAUUGCCCAAAUUUAAAGGACCGAAGUUUGGAUUUACUGCACCUGAAAUUAAAGGGCCCAAAAUUGAUGUCAGCAUCCCCAAGGUUGACAUCUCACUAGCAAAAUCAGAUGUAGAUGUGAAAAUGCCAGGUGUGGAUAUAAAACCAGUCAAGAUGGAAGGUGAUGUCAGUGUUGGAGACAUUGAACUCAAAGGACCCGAUGUCAGUCUGAAAAUGCCUGAAUUGAAAAAGCCAACAAUUGAUAUUGGUUUUCCAACAGUGAAAGGAAUGUCUGAUGUUGAUGCAUCCAUGUCUAAACCUAAACUUGACAUUUCAACUCCUGGGCUGUCAGUGAACAUUAAAGCCCCAAUGACUGACAUCCAUCCACCAACUGUAGAUGUAGAUGUUGCAGCACCAGAUCUGAAGGUGAAAGGUGAUGGUGGGAGGUUCAAAAUACCAUCGAUGAAAAUACCAUCGUUUGGUGUUUCACUUCCAAAGUUCAAAGGUCCAGAAGUGGAUGUUAGUGUGAAGAAACCAGAUGACAAUAUUUCACUUGAAAAACCUGACGUUGACAUUCAAGGGCCUAAAAUGGAAAUAGGAGCACCAGAAUGUGAAGUUGAUAUGGACAUGCCUGAUGUAGAUCUCAAGGGAAAAGGAGGGAAAAUAAAAUUGCCCAAAUUUAAAGGACCGAAAUUUGGAUUCACAGCACCUGAAAUCAAAGCGCCUAAAAUUGAUGUCAAUGUCCCCACAGUUGACAUCUCACUACCAAAAUUGGAUAUGGAUGUGAAAAUCCCAAGUGUAGAUGUAAAACCAGUCAAGAUGGAAGGUGAUGUCAGUGUUGGAGACAUUGAUCUCCAAGGACCUGAUGUCAGUCUGAAAAUGCCUGAGGUGAAAAAGCCAUCGAUUGAUAUUGGUUUUCCAACAGUGAAAGGGAAAAUUGAUGUUGAUACAUCCAUAUCUAAACCCGAACUUGACAUUUCAACCCCUGGGCUAUCAGUGGACAUUAAAGCCCCAACGACUGACAUCCAUCCACCAACUGUAGAUGUAAAUGUUGCAGCACCAGAUCUGAAAGUGAAAGGUGAUGGUGGGAGGUUUAAAAUACCGUCAAUGAAAAUACCAUCCUUUGGUGUAUCACUUCCAAAAUUUGACGGUCCAGAAGUGGAUGUGAGUGUGAAGAAACCAGAUGUCGAUAUUUCACUUGAGAAACCUGAGGUCAACAUUCAAGGGCCAAAAAUUGAAAUAGGAGCACCAGAAUGUGAAGUUGACGUGGAGGCACCUGAUACAGAACUCAAGGGAAAAGGAGAGAAGGUAAAAUUGCCUAAACUUAAAGGACCGAAAUUUGGAUUCACUGCACCUGACAUCAAAGCGCCCAAAAUUGAUGUCAACCUGCCCACAGUUGACAUCUCAUUUCCAAAAUCGGAUGUGGAUGUGACAGUGCCAGGUGUUGAUCUAACACUAGGCAAGUUGGAAGGUGAUGUCAGUGUUGGAGACAUUGAACUCAAAGGACCCGAUGUCAGUCUGAAAAUGCCUGAGUGGAUAAAGCCAUCGAUUGAUAUUGGUUUUCCAAAAGUGAAAGGAAAGAUUGAUGUUGAUGCAUCUAUAUCUAAACCGGAACUUGACAUUUCAACUCCUGGGCUGUCAGUGGACAUUAAAGCCCCAACGACUGACAUCCAUCCACCAACUGUAGAUGUAGAUGUUGCGGCACCAGAUCUGAAGGUGAAAGGUGAUGGUGGGAGGUUCAAAAUGCCAUCGAUGAAAAUACCAUCGUUUGGUGUUUCACUUCCAAAGUUCAAAGGUUCAGAAGUGGAUGUGAGUAUGAAGAAACCAGAUGUCGAUAUUUCAGUUGAAAAGCCUGAGAUAGAUAUUCAAGGUCCGUCAAUUGAUGUCGGAGGUCCAGAGUGUGAAGUUGAUAUUGAGGUACCUGAUUUAGAUCUCGAGGGAAAAGGAGGGAAAAUAAAAUUGCCUAAAUUUAAAGGACCGAAGUUUGGAUUUACUGCAACUGAAAUCAAAGGGCCCAAAAUUGAUUUCAGCAUCCCCACAGUUGACAUCUCACUACCAAAAUCGGAUGUGGAUGUGACAGUGCCAGGUGUAGAUGUAACACCAGUCAAGAUGGAAGGUGAUGUCAGUGUUGGAGACAUUGAACCCAAAGGAGCCGAUGUCAGUCUGAAAAUGCCUGAGGUGAAAAAGCCAUCAAUUGAUAUUGGUUUUCCAACAGUGAAAGGGAAAAUUGAUGUUGACACAUCCAUAUCUAAACCGGAACUUGACAUUUCAACUCCUGGGCUGUCAGUGGACAUUAAAGCCCCAGCGACUGACAUCCAUCCACCAACUGUAGAUGUAGAUGUUGCAGCACCAGAACUGAAGGUGAAAGGGGAUGGUGGGAAGUUCAAAAUGCCGUCAAUGAAAAUGCCAUCGUUUGGUGUUUCACUUCCAAAAUUCAGAGGUCCAGAAGUGGAUGUGAGUGUGAAGAAACCAGAUGUCGAUACUUCAGUUGAGAAACCUGAGGUCAACAUUCAAGGGCCAAAAAUUGAAAUAGGAGCACCAGAAUGUGAAGUUGAUGUGGAGGCACCUGAUAUAGAACUCAAGGGAAAAGGAGAGAAAAUAAAAUUGCCUAAACUUAAAGGACCGAAAUUUGGAAUAACUGCAUCUGACAUCAAAGGGCCCAAAAUUGAUGUCAACCUCCCCACAGUUGACAUCUCACUACCAAAAUCGGAUGUGGAUGUGACAGUGCCAAGUUUUGAUCUAACACCAGGCAAGUUGGAAGGUGAUGUCAGUGUUGGCGACAUUGAACUCAAAGGACCCGGUGUCAGUCUGAAAAUGCCUGCGGUGAAAAAGACAUCAAUUGAUAUUGGUUUUCCAAAAGUGAAAGGGAAGAUUGAUGUUGAUGCAUCCAUAUCUAAACCCGAAUUUGUCAUUUCAAUUCCUGGGCUGUCAGUGGACAUUAAAGCCCCAACGACUGACAUUCAUCCACCAACUGUAGAUGUAGAUGUUGCGGCACCAGAUCUGAAGGUGAAAGGUGAUGGUGGGAGGUUCAAGAUGCCAUCGAUGAAAAUACCAUCGUUUGGUGUUUCACUUCCAAAGUUCAAAGGUUCAGAAGUGGACGUGAGUGUGAAGAAGCCAGAUGUUGAUAUUUCAGCUGAAAUGCCUGAAAUAGAUAUUCAAGGUCCGUCAAUUGAUGUCGGAGUUCCAGAAUGUGAAGUUGAUAUGGAGAUACCUGAUGUAGAUCUCGAGGCAAAAGGAGGGAAAAUAAAAUUGCCCAAAUUUAAAGGACCGAAGUUUGGAUUUACUGCACCUGAAAUCAAAGAGCCCAAAAUUGAUGUCAGCAUCCCCACGAUUGACAUCUCACUACCAAAAUCGGAUGUGGAAGUGAAAAUGCCAGGUAUAGAUGUAAAACCAAUCAAGAUGGAAGGUGAUCUAACUGUUGGAGACAUUGAACUCAAAGGAACCGAUGUCAGUCUGAAAAUGCCUGAGGUGAAAAAGCCAUCAAUUGAUAUUGGUUUUCCAACAGUGAAAGGGAAAAUUGAUGUUGAUACAUCCAUAUCUAAACCGGAACUUGACAUUUCAACUCCUGGGCUGUCAGUGGACAUUAAAGCCCCAACGACUGACAUCCAUCCACCAACUGUAGAUGUAGAUGUUGCAGCAUCAGAUCUGAAGGUGAAAGGCGAUGGUGGGAGGUUCAAAAUGCCGUCAAUGAAAAUGCCAUCGUUUGGUGUUUCACUUCCAAAAUUCAGAGGUCCAGAAGUGGAUGUGAGUGUGAAGAAAUCAGAUGUCGAUAUUUCACUUGAGAAACCUGAAGUCAACAUUCAAGGGCAAAAAAUUGAAAUAGGUGCACCAGAAUGUGAAGUUGAUGUGGAGGCACCUGAUAUAGAACUCAAGGGAAAAGGAGAGAAAAUAAAAUUGCCUAAAUUUAAAGGACCGAAGUUUGGAUUUACUGCAACUGAAAUCAAAGGGCCCAAAAUUGAUUUCAGCAUCCCCACAGUUGACAUCUCACUACCAAAAUCGGAUGUGGAUGUGACAGUGCCAGGUGUAGAUGUAACACCAGUCAAGAUGGAAGGUGAGGUCAGUGUUGGAGACAUUGAACCCAAAGGAGCCGAUGUCAGUCUGAAAAUGCCUGAGGUGAAAAAGCCAUCAAUUGAUAUUGGUUUUCCAACAGUGAAAGGGAAAAUUGAUGUUGACACAUCCAUAUCUAAACCGGAACUUGACAUUUCAACUCCUGGGCUGUCAGUGGACAUUAAAGCCCCAGCGACUGACAUCCAUCCACCAACUGUAGAUGUAGAUGUUGCAGCACCAGAACUGAAGGUGAAAGGGGAUGGUGGGAAGUUCAAAAUGCCGUCAAUGAAGAUGCCAUCGUUUGGUGUUUCACUUCCAAAAUUCAGAGGUCCAGAAGUGGAUGUGAGUGUGAAGAAACCAGAUGUCGAUACUUCAGUUGAGAAACCUGAGGUCAACAUUCAAGGGCCAAAAAUUGAAAUAGGAGCACCAGAAUGUGAAGUUGAUGUGGAGAUACCUGAUGUAGAUCUCGAGGGAAAAGGAGGGAAAAUAAAAUUGCCCAAAUUUAAAGGACCGAAGUUUGGAUUUACUGCACCUGAAAUCAAAGGGCCAAAAAUUGAUGUCAACCUCCCCACAGUUGACAUCUCACUACCAAAAUCGGAUGUGGAUGUGACAGUGCCAAGUUUUGAUCUAACACCAGGCAAGUUGGAAGGUGAUGUCAGUGUUGGCGACCUUGAACUCAAAGGACCCAGUGCCAGUCUGAAAAUGCCUGAGGUGAAAAAGCCAUCAAUUGAUAUUGGUUUUCCAACAGUGAAAGGGAAAAUUGAUGUUGACACAUCCAUAUCUAAACCGGAACUUGACAUUUCAACUCCUGGCCUGUCAGUGGACAUUAAAGCCCCAGCGACUGACAUCCAUCCACCAACUGUAGAUGUAGAUGUUGCAGCACCAGAACUGAAGGUGAAAGGGGAUGGUGGGAAGUUCAAAAUGCCGUCAAUGAAAAUGCCAUCGUUUGGUGUUUCACUUCCAAAAUUCAGAGGUCCAGAAGUGGAUGUGAGUGUGAAGAAACCAGAUGUCGAUACUUCAGUUGAGAAACCUGAGGUCAACAUUCAAGGGCCAAAAAUUGAAAUAGGAGCACCAGAAUGUGAAGUUGAUGUGGAGAUACCUGAUGUAGAUCUCGAGGGAAAAGGAGGGAAAAUAAAAUUGCCCAAAUUUAAAGGACCGAAGUUUGGAUUUACUGCACCUGAAAUCAAAGGGCCAAAAAUUGAUGUCAACCUCCCCACAGUUGACAUCUCACUACCAAAAUCGGAUGUGGAUGUGAUAGUGCCAAGUUUUGAUCUAACACCAGGCAAGUUGGAAGGUGAUGUCAGUGUUGGCGACCUUGAACUCAAAGGACCCAGUGCCAGUCUGAAAAUGCCUGAGGUGAAAAAGCCAUCGAUUGAUAUUGGUUUUCCAACAGUGAAAGGGAAGAUUGAUGUUGAUACAUCCAUAUCUAAACCGGAACUUGACAUUUCAACUCCUGGGCUGUCAGUGGACAUUAAAGCCCCAACGACUGACAUCCAUCCACCAACUGUAGAUGUAGAUGUUGCAGCAUCAGAUCUGAAGGUGAAAGGCGAUGGUGGGAGGUUCAAAAUGCCGUCAAUGAAAAUGCCAUUGUUUGGUGUUUCACUUCCAAAAUUCAAAGGUUCAGACGUGGAUGUGAGUGUGAAGAAACCAGAUGUCGAUAUUUCAGUUGAAAAGCCUGAGAUAGAUAUUCAAGGUCCGUCAAUUGAUGUCGGAGGUCCAGAAUGUGAAGUUGAUAUGGAGAUACCUGAUGUAGAUCUCGAGGGAAAAGGAGGGAAAAUAAAAUUGCCCAAAUUUAAAGGACCGAAGUUUGGAUUUACUGCACCUGAAAUCAAAGGGCCAAAAAUUGAUGUCAGCAUCCCCAAGGUUGACAUCUCACUAGCAAAAUCGGAUGUGGAUGUGACAGUGCCAGGUGUUGAUCUAACACCAGGCAAGUUGAAAGGUGAUGUCAGUGUUGGAGACAUUGAACUCAAAGGACCCGAUGUCAGUCUGAAAAUGCCUGAGGUGAAAAAGCCAUCGAUUGCUAUUGGUUUUGCAAAAGUGAAAGGGAAGAUUGAUAUUGAUGCAUCCAUAUCUAAACCCGAACUUGACAUUUCAACUCCUGGGCUGUCAGUGGACAUUAAAGCCCCAACGACUGACAUCCAUCCACCAACUGUAGAUGUAGUUGUUGCAGCACCAGAUCUGAAGGUGAAAGGUGAUGGUGGGAGGUUCAAAAUGCCAUCGAUGAAAAUGCCAUCGUUUGGUGUUUCACUUCCAAAGUUCAAAGGUUCAGACGUGAGUGUGAAGAAGCCAGAUGUUGAUAUUUCAGUUGAAAAGCCUGAGAUAGAUAUUCAAGGCCCGUCAUUUGAAGUUGGAGGUCCAGAAUGUGAAGUUGAUAUCGACAUACCUGAUGUAGAUCUCGAGGGAAAAGGAGGGAAAAUAAAAUUGCCCAAAUUUAAAGGACCGAAGUUUGGAUUUACUGCACCUGAAAUCAAAGGGUCCAAAAUUGAUGUCAGCAUCCCCACGGUUGACAUCUCACUACCAAAAUCGGAUGUGGAUGUGAAAAUGCCAGGUGUAGAUGUAAAACCAGUCAAGAUGGAAGGUGAUGUCAGUGUUGGAGACAUUGAACUCAAAGGUCCCGAUGUCAGUCUGAAAAUGCCUGAGGUGAAAAAGCCAUCGAUUAAUAUUGGAUUUCCUAAAGUGAAAGGGAAGAUUGAUAUUGAUGCAUCCAUGUCUAAACCCGAACUUGAUAUUUCAACUCCUGGACUGUCAGUGGACAUUAAAGCCCCAACGACUGACAUCCAUCCACCAACUGUAGAUGUAGAUGUUCCAGCACCAGAUCUGAAGGUGAAAAGUGGUGGUGGGAGGUUCAAAAUGCCAUCGAUAAAAAUGCCAUCGUUUGGUGUUUCACUUCCAAAAUUCAAAGGUCCGGAAGUAGAUGUGAGUGUGAAGAAACCAGAUGACAAUAUUUCACUUGAGAAACCUGAGGUAUGUUUUCAAGAGCCGAAAAUUGAAAUUGGAGCACCAGAAUGUGAACUUGAUGUUAAGGCACCUGACGUAGAACUCGAGGGAAAAGGAGGCAAACUAAAAUUGCCCAACUUUAAAGGACCGAAUUUGGGAUUUACUGCACCUGACACCAAAGGGCCCAAAAUUGAUGUCAGCCUCCCCACAGUUGACAUCUCACUACCAAAAUCGGAUGUGUAUGUGAAAGUGCCAGGUGGAGAUAUAAAACCAGGCAAGAUGGAAGGUGAUGUCAGUGUUGGAGACAUUGAAGUCAAAAGACCUGAUGUCAGCCCGAAGAAGCCUGAGCUGAAAAAGCCAUCGAUUGAUAUUGGUUUUCCAAAAGUGAAAGGGAAGAUUGAUGUUGAUGCAUCCAUAUCUAAACCCGAACUUGACAUUUCAGCUCCUGGACUAUCAGUGGACAUUAAAGCCCCAACAACUGACUUCCACCCACCAACUGUAGAUGUAGAUGUUGCAGCACCAGAUCUGAAGCUGAAAGGUGAUGGUGGGAGGUUCAAAAUGCCAUCAAUGAAAAUGCCUUCAUUUGGUGUUUCACUUCCAAAAUUCAAAAGUCCAGAAGUGGAUGUGAGUAUGAAGAAGCCACUUGUCGAUAUUUCACUUGAAAAACCUGAGGUAGAUAUUCUAGGGCCAAAAAUUGAAAUAGGUGCACCGGAAUGUGAAGUUGACCUUGAGGCACGUGAUGCAGGUGCUGAGGGAAAAGGGGGGAAAAUAAAAUUGCCCAAAUUUAAAGGACCAAAAUUUGGAUUUACUGCACCUGACAUCAAAGGACCCAAAAUUGAUGUCAGCAUCCCCACAGUUGACAUCUCACUACCAAAAUCAGAUGUGGAUGUGACAGUGCCAGGUGUAGAUGUAAAAGCAGGCAAGAUGGAAGGUGAUCUCAGUAUUGGAGACAUUGAACUCCAAGGACCUGAUGUCAGUCUGAAAAUGCCUGAGGUGAAAAAGCCAUCAAUUGAUAUUAGUUUUCCAAAAGUGAAAGGAAUGUUUGAUGUUGAUGCAUCCAUGACUAAACCUGAGCUUGACAUUUCAGCUCCUGGACAGACAGCGGACAUUAAGGCCCCAAAGACUGACAUCCAUCCACCAACUGUAGAUGUAGAUAUUGCCGCAUCAGAUCUGAAGGUGAAAGGUGAUGGUGGGAGGUUCAAAAUGCCAUCGAUGAAAAUACCAUCGUUUGGUGUUUCACUUCCAAAAUUCAAAGGUCCUGAAGUGGAUGUGAGUGUGAAGAAGCCAGAUGUCGAUAUUUCACUUGAGAAACCUGAGGUAGAUAUUCAAGGGCUGACAGUUGAUGUCAGAGCUCCAGAAUGUGAAGUUGAUGUGGAGGCAGGUGAUGUAGGUCUUGAGGGAAGAGGAGGGAAAAUAAGUUUGCCCACAUUUAAAGGACCGAAAUUGGGAUUUACUGCACCUGACAUCAAAGCGCCCAGCAUUGAUGUCAAACUCCCCAAAUUUGACAUCUCACUACCAAAACCAGAUGUGGACAUGACAGUGCCAGGUGUAGAUGUAAACCAAGGCAGGAUGGAAGGUGAUCUAAGUGUUGGAAACAUUGAACUCCAAGGACCUGAUAUCAGUCUGAGAAUGCCUGGGGUGAAAAAGCCAUCAAUUGAUGUUGGUUUUCCAAAAGUGAAAGGAAUGUCUGAUGUUGAUGCAUCCAUGUCUAAACCUGAACUUGGCAUUUCAGCUCUUGGACUAUCAGCCGACAUUAAAGCCCCAACGAUUGACAUACAUCCACCAACUGUAGAUGUAGAUGUUGCAGCACCAGAUCUGAAGGUGAAAGGUGAUAGUGGGAAGUUCAAACUUCCAUCCAUGAAAUUUCCAUCGUUUGGUGUUUCACUUCCAAAAUUCAAAGGUCCAGAAUUGGAUGUGAGUGUGAAAAAAACAGAUGUCGAUAUUUCACUUGAGAAACUUGCAGCAGAUGUUCAAGGGCCGAAAAUUAACGUAGUAGUUCCAGAAUGCGAAGUCAUUAUGGAAGCACCUGAUGUAGAUAUUGAAGGAAAAGGAGGGAAAAUAAAAUUGCCCAAAUUUAAAAGACCGAAAUUUGGAUUUACUGCACCUGAUAUCAAAGCACCCAACAUUGAUGUCAACGUCCACAAAGUUGACAUCUCACUACCAAAAUCAGAUGUGGAUGUAAAGUUGCCAGAUCUUGAUUUAAAACCAGGCAAGAUGGAAGGUGAUCUCAGUGUUGGAGACAUUGAACUCCAAGGACCUGAUAUCAGCCUGAAAAUGCCUGAGGUGAAAAAGCCAACAAUUGAUAUUGGUUUUCCAAAAGUGAAAGGAAUGUCUGAUGUUGAUGCAUCCAUGUCUAAACCCGAACUGGAUAUCUCAACUCCUGGACUGUCAGUGGACAUUAAAGCCCCAACGACUGACAUCCAUCCAUCAACUGUAGAUAUAGAUGGUGCAGCACCAGAUCUGAAGGUGAAAGGUGAUGGCGGGUGGUUCAAAAUGCCAUCGAUGAAAAUGCCAUCGUUUGGUGUUUCACUUCCAAAAUUCAAAGGUCCGGAAGUGGAUGUGAGUGUGAAGAAGCCUGAUGUGGACAUUUCACUUGAAACACCUGAGGUAGAUUUUCAAGGGCCGACAAUUGAUAUAGGGCCUUCAAAAUGUGAAAUUGAUGCGGAGGCAUCUGAUGUGGACAUUGAUGGAAAAGGAGGGAAAGUAAAAUUUCCCAAAUUUAAAGGAACGAAGUUUGGAUUUACUGCACCUGACAUCAAAGGGCCCAAAAUUGAUGUCAACCUUCCCACAGUUGACAUCUCACUACCAAAAUCAGAUGUGGAUGUGAAAUUGCCUGUUCUUGAUGUAAAAGCAGGCAAAGAAGAAGGUGAUCUCAGUGUUGGAGACAUUGAACUCCAAGGACCUGAUAUCAGCCUGAAAAAGCCUGAGGUGAAAAAGCCAACAAUUGAUUUUGGUUUUCCAAAAGUGAAAGGGAAGAUUGAUGUUGAUGCAUCCAUAUCUAAACCGGAACUUGACAUUUCAACUCCUGGGCUGUCAGUGGACAUUAAAGCCCCAACGACCGACGUCCAUCCACCAGCUAUAGAUGUAAAUGUUGCAGCACCCGAUCUAAAGGUGAAAGGCGAUGGUGGGAGGUUCAAAAUGCCAUCACUGAAAUUUCCAUCGUUUGGUGUUUCACUUCCAAAAUUCAAAGGUCCAGAAGUGGAUGUGAGUGUUCAGAAGCUAGAUGAAGAUAUUGCACUUGAAACACCUGAGAUAGAUAUUCAAGGGCCAAACGUUGAUAUAGGAGCUCCAGAAUGUGAAGUUGAUGUGGAGGCACCUGAAGUAGAUAUUGAAGGAAAAGGAUUGAAAGUAGAAUUGCCCAAAUUUAAAGGACCUAAAUUUGGAUUUUCUGCACCUGACAUCAAAAUUGAUGCCAAACUCCCCAAAGUUGACAUCUCACUACCAAAGUCAGAUGUGGAUGCGACAGUGCCAGGUUUUGAUAAACAACCAGGCAAGGUGGAAGGCAAUCUCAGUGUUGGAGACAUUGAACUCCAAGGACCUAAUGUCAGUCUGAAAAUGCCUGAGGUGACAGAACCAACAAUUGAUGUUGGUUUUGCAAAAGUGAAAGGGAAGUUUGAUGGGGAUACACUCAUGUCUAAACCCGAACUUGACACUUCAACUCCUGGACUUUCUGUGGACAUUAAAGCCCCAACAGUUGACAUCGAUCCACCAACUGUAGACGUAAAUGUUGCAGCACCAGAACUGAAGGUGAAAGGUGGUGGUGGGAGGUUCAAAAUGCCAUCCAUGAAAAUGCCAUCGUUUGGUGUUUCACUUCCAAAAUUCAAAGGCCCAGAAGUGGAUGUGAAGAAGCCAGAUGUCGAUAUUUCACUCGAAAAACCUGAGGUCGACAUUAAAGGGUUGAAAAUUGAUGUUGGAGCUCCAGGAGGUGAAGUUGACGUGGAAGCAUCCGAUGUAGAAAUCAAGGCAAAAGUAGGGAAAAUAAAACUGCCCAAAUCUAAGGUAUCGAAAUUUGGAUUUUUGGCACCUGACAUCAAAGCACCCAACACUGAUAUCAAACAGCCCAAAACUGACAUCUCACUACCAAGAUCUGAUUUGGAUGUCAAAGUGCCAGGUCUUGUUGUAAAGCCAGGCCAAAUGGAUGGCGAUGUCAAUGUUGGAGACAUUGAACUCCAAGGGCCUGAUGUCAGUCUGAAAAUGCCUGAGGUGGAAAAACCAUCAAUUGAUAUUGAUUUUCCAAAAGUGAAAGGGAAGCUUGAUGUUGAUAUAUCCAUGUCUAAACCCAAACCUGACAUUUCAACCCCUGGGUUGUUAGCAGACGUUAAAGCUCCAACGACUGAAAUACAUGCACCAAUUGUAGAUGGAGAUGUUGCAACAGCUGACCUUAAGCUAAAAGAUGAAAGUGGGAGGUUCAAAAUGCCAACCAAGAAAAUGCCAUUGUUUGGUGUUUCCCUUCCAAAGUUCAAAGGUCCAGAAGUGGAUGUGAACGUGAAGAAGCCAGAUGUGGAUAUUUCACUUGAGAAACCUGAGGUAGAUAUUCAAGGGCCGAAAAUUGAUGUUGGAACCCGAGAAUUUGAAAUUGAUGUGGAGGCACCUGAUGUAGACAUUGAAACAGGGGGAGGAAAAAUGAAACUGCCAAAAUUUAAAGCUCUAAAAUUUGGAUUUUCGGCAGCUGACAUCAAAGCUCCCAAAAUGAAUGUUGAUGUCAGUGUGCCCACAGUUGACCUUUCACUACCAAAAGCUGAUGUGCAUGCAAAAGUGCCAGUUGUAGAUGUAAAACCAGGCAAGUUGGAGGGUGAUUUUUGUGUUAGAGCUAUUGACCUUGAAGAACCUGAUGCCUGGCUUCAAAUGCCUGAAGUAAAAAAGCCAUCACUUGAUAGUGCUAUUCCAAACAUGAAAGGGAAAAUUGAUGUUGAUUCAUCCCUGUAUAAACCUGAACUUGUAUCAGCUCCUGGACUGUUAGUGGACAUUAAAGGUCAAUCAUCUGACAAUCAUGUCCCAACAAUGAAGGUAGAUGUUGCAGCACCAGAUCUGAAGGUGAAAGGUGAUGGUGGGAAGUUUAAAAUGCCAUCCAUGAAAAUGCCAUCUUUUGGCGUUUCACUUCCAAAAUUCAAAGGUCCAGAAGUAGAUGUUAGCAUGAAGAAGCCAGAUGUUGCUAUUUCCCUUGAAAAACCUGAUGUAGGUAUUAAAGGCCCACAUGUUGAUGUGCAAACACCGCCAGAUGACAUGGAUGUGAAGACACCUAAAACAUCUAAGGUUGAUCCUGAUGGGAAAGUGUCUGCAGUAAAAAUGGAGCCUGGGGACUUAAUUGGUGAGCUUAAUGUUUUGGAUCAUGGACUUCUUGAGUCUGAUGCCAUGCUAAAAAUGUCAAAUGUACGAAAGCCAUUAAUAGUGCAGGGUAACAUUAAUCUUGAUGCAAAUCAGUCAAAACCUGACACUGAUGCAAGUGUGCCUGGAAUAUCAGUGGACCUCAAAAGUCCAGAGUGUGUCAUCCAUUCAUCAAGAUUAAAAGUGGAUACUGAUUCGGUACAUAUUACAGCAGCAGAUGCAGAUCCUAAUUUGAAAACGCCUGAGACAAAAGUGCCAUUAUUUGCAGUUUCACUUCCUAAAUUUAUGUUUCCCGAUGUUGACUUUGGCAUGGAAACAACAGAGAAAGAUGUCGCACUACCUGAAGAUCCUAAGGUUACCAAGGCUGUGACUAAAGAGCCAGAUAAUUCUGCUCAAGGAAAGGUUGGUGAGAAUCUGAAUAAAACGGUUCCUGAACUCAAAGGCCAAAAGGAUGCUGAAUUAACAAAAAUAGAUGAGAGUUCGACAUCAAAGGGGAAGACAAGUUGGUUUAAAUUUCCAAAAAUUAGCUUUUCAUCACCAUGGAAAAAAGAAAAAGGCACUGACAGUGAGAAGCAAGCUGCACAUGAAAUUCCAACAUCUAGCACAGGACCAGUUAAAUUUAGUGUCAAAGCAACUGAUGUGAAAACUGAUGGUCAUGACAUUUUACCUAAAGGGUCUACAGAUGAAGUAUCAUCAUUAACCAUCCCUAUAUCAAAAGAAGUACUUGUUGAAGAUGCUGAAAGUACAGUCACUGAUGGUGACACAACUCAAAUGGUAACAGUGAAGUGCGAAAACGGUGAAACCACAGCAACAGGCAUAUACGUGACAAUGCCCAGCCAACUAGUGACAUCAACUGCAAGAACUGAGCUCGCUUUGCUGGAAUCAGGUGAUUUCACUGCGAAUGUACAGUCAUCCAAAACAAGCAAAAUGUCUACGCUUGAAUCUUGUCAUCAAGGCCAAGUUCCAACCUGUGAGCCUUCAUCUGGACUUUGUCAAACUACUCUGACUGAAACCAAAGUUACAAAAACAAAUGAGAAACAACAAAGCAUCAAAAAAACAGGAAUUUUUCAAGGUCCUAACCUAUUAACAUCCUCACUACCUGAAGGUUCAACACAUACACAUCCGACAGAACAUUCCACAGUUGUCUCUAAAGAAUAUCAUAUUCAAGAACAAGUUGCCAGUGGGUCAUCUGAACCAGUGAAGUACACCAAAGAAUGUUCUUCAUUCCAGUCUGACUCUCACUCACCCAAAUCAGAAUAUACUGUAUCUGCUGAAGGUCACACCUUCACUAAGAAAUAUACCAAAACUGAAGGAACUGUAGUUAUCUUAACUGAGAGUUCCAUAGUACAAGGGGGUGUAGCUUCUGAAGCAACAGUUACUGAUGAUACAUCUACUAUUAUCCAAAGAAAGAGAGAAAUGAUUCAGAGUGAACAAAAACAGUUCUCUGAAAUAUCCCAACCUUCAUCAGUUUCCAUCUCCAUAACAGAAUCUGAAACAAAAGAUGAUAAAAAGACAGAAAAUAAGGAAUGAAACAUGUAUUUGCAGCCUUAAUUAUAAUUGUGAUAUGAUGCUUUUACACAGUAGUUACCUUUGCUGUUUGCAUUUAACUAAAUAUCUACUUGAUUACUCUGUGCUAGAGAGGUAUUUUAUAGAAUAUUGGGAUAUUGCGUUAGGUGUUAAAGAUCACACUUUCACAUAAUAGAACUUGUUCAAUAACAACAAAUUCAGAGUUGAAAAUAUAGACUACUUCAGUAAAUUAUACGUUAUUUUGCAUAUUUAUGUAUAGGCUGCUCAAAAAUUACUUUUGACCUAAAUAUAACUGGGACAAAGUUUCAUGGCUUUAAAUCAUCCAGUGACAAACACCUUAACUAUGAUUUUCAGUCAGUUAAUGUUGGUGACUUUUUAUCUUCACUUAGCUUGAUCGAAUAAUCACCUGCUUAGUUUCAUGAAUAUCUAAAUUUUAAUAAGGAGGUGCUCUCUCAAAAUUAUUUAUACAUCCAAAUUAUGUUAAAAAGUCCAUAAUCCAUCUCUAAUUAAAAAAAAACUUGAAUUAUCUGCAAGUUCUGAAUAAUAAGCAUUAAGAAGUAUGGCCCACUGACCUAACUAGCUUAAUAGGACAUGCCACGACAAAUAGUUCAUGUCGUCAAGGAAAGUGGUGAUAAUGAUCAGGAAUGGAAUAUUUUCUAUCUAAAACACCCAAUGUCAGCAUCAAACAUUUUCAGCAGCAGAGGAACAUUUCUUCCACUCAAUUCACCUCAGCAUUUAGAAGCAUAUAUCACAAUACACCAGUAUUUUAUUUUUUCAUUUCUCAAAUUAAUCAUUGUUAGGCCUGUCUGAGUGACAUUGUCAGUUAGUGUCAAUUUAGGAGCAAUUUUCUGCUAUAGGCCUGUGUCCACUAGAAUUCAUUUCACAUAGAAUACUUACAACCAGAAGGUAGAGAGCACUUUUCAUCUCAUCAGUCUUGCAUCCAGGUCUCAGAGGUAGCCCUAAUCCACUGCACCACUCGGUUUUUACAACACAAUACUUCUAAAAUGAUUAUGUCACUGAUCUAGCACUUGCAAUACAUGGUGUCACAAAACAUGUUUAAAGCACGCAUGUGAAUAACAUACACUCAAUAAAAAUGUCACAAAGAAGGAUUUAUCGCUCAAGUGGUUAAUUUCAAAAUAUCAGUGAGCUUAGCAGAUAUAAUUCUAAUUUGUUCUUCUCCUGUAAAUUCUUAAAAUGUAUUCAAUUCUGUGUGAAUAUUUUUGUUGUAAAUAUGAUUAACUGAAAUUUGUAUCCUGAAAACUGCUGUUGAUUUAUGACGCAAUUACUGUGGGAUAUUACUCAUGUGGAAUAUUGAUUUUGCUUUGCUAAGUUUCUUACAGUUAAUUAAUUUGCUAAUUGUGUGUAUGUAUCAUCAAUAAAAUAUCUGUUUAGACAUAAAAA